AUGGAGGUAGGAGGAUCAUCGAAGUCGUCGGCCACUGGAAAACACAAAUUGAAGGACGAUGUCAUGUCCUUGUACCUGAAUCAUGCCUCCACUGGGAACUCGUACUACCAAUUGAUACCAGAAUGUUUGGACCCCAUCCAACCACUCGACUUUUUGGACAUUGGACGUAAACUGGGGUCCCAAAAGGUCAUGGGAAACUUUGAAUUGGAAGACUGCCUGCAAGAAGAUAAGACCAAUUGCGCUCGAUCCAACCAAAUAAAGGAAACUUGUCGGACCUGGAGUUUCUACUACGAUUCGAUCUACAACCAUUGGUUACAACCAAAGUUAGCACGAGACGACGCCGAACCAUUUCAAGCCGUGGAGAUUGGAUUCUUUCAUGGAAUUGGUCACGAGGCUCUGUCCCAAUUUUUACCAAAGGCACAAGUGCAUUCACUGGAAAUAUCAUGUUUGCCAGAGGGACCACGCGAAGAAGGAAAGUGGCCAUGGGGAAACUUUGCAGCCAACUCGAAUCAAUACGACAAUCUCAUUUCCAAGAAGCGGUUGCAUUGUGGGGACGCCUAUAGUUAUGAUUUCUUGCAUUCCACCUUUUCGCAGCAUAUUCAUUUACCGGAUGCACCACCUCUUCGAGUGGUAGUAGAAGAUGGAUCAUAUCAAUCUCAAGACAUGGCGGCAAGUCUCUUUUUUUGGUUUCCACGAUUGGAGCCUGGUGGAAUGUUCUUUGUGGAAGGGAUUCGACCAGAUGAUAAUGGGGGUCAUGGCCCCGCGGACCAGUUCAAGACUCACAUUGUACCCCAAGUGAUGAAGGAUCUACAUUGGUGCGGGCACAGCAGUACGGAAGAACCACAAACUGAUGGUGGUGGUGUCAAAGAUCCAGAUCUAUGUUUUCCACAACUACAGCCAUAUCUGCAAGGAGUCCAUUGUGAAAUGCACAUUUGCGUCUUUGUUCGCAACAAUCGUCCAGCGGCAGAUCCUCCAAAAGAAUUGUCCACAGUACCACCCAAUGCCUUUGAGAAUGCCAGCAAAUGUCUCUUUGGCAGAUGA